UCUCUCCCCCCUCUCGGGGCGGACAUGCUCCCGGGGCUCCGGAGAGAGGUUCCGAAUGUCUCCUUGCCUGACGGUCUUGUUGUUCGGGCCUGUGCGGGCUGGUCUCCCUGUCCUGGUACACCGCCUUCAGCAGCUCCAAGGAGAUGUGGUGGAUAUCUAUCAGAGGGAGUUCCUGGCGUUGAGGGAGCGCCUCCACUCGGCUGAGCAGGAGAACCUUCGGCGCUCCAAAGAGCUGAACCUGGUCCUGGAGGAGAUCAAGAGGGCCAUCGCUGAGAAGCAGGCGCUGAGAGACAUCAACCGGACCUGGAGCAGUCUGUCAGAGGAGACGAGGUUGAAGCUGUGGAACGUGAGCAGCAGUAAGAACGUCCUGCAGCUUCCCUCCAUCUUCCAUCAUCUUCCUCACCUGCUGAACAGAGAGGACAGCCUGCUGCCCGCCGUGCACCUGGGACAGGGACGCACCGGAGUCUCCAUCGUGAUGGGGGUUCCCAGUGUGAAGAGGGAGGUGCACUCCUACCUGACCGACACGCUCAGCUCUCUGAUGUCGGAGCUCAGCGCCGCCGAGAAGGAGGAUUGUGUCAUCGUGGUCCUCAUCGCAGAGGCGGAUCAGCAGUACGCCAGCAGUGUAGCAGAGAACCUGAAGCGCCUUUUCCCAGCAGAGAUCCAGUCCGGCCUGUUGGAGGUCGUCUCUCCGUCCGUCCACUUUUACCCCGACUUCUCCAAACUCAGAGAGUCCUUUGGAGACCCCAAAGAGAGAGUCAGGUGGAGGACGAAGCAGAAUCUGGAUUACUGUUUCCUGAUGAUGUACGCUCAGUCUAAAGGAACGUACUACGUCCAGCUGGAGGACGACAUCGUCGCUCGUCCGAAUUACUUCACCACCAUGAAGAACUUUGCUCUGCAGCAGCCGCUGGAGGAGUGGAUGAUCCUCGAGUUUUCUCAGCUCGGCUUCAUUGGUAAGAUGUUCAAGUCCUUGGACCUGUCGCUCAUCGUGGAGUUCAUGCUGAUGUUCUACAAAGACAAGCCCAUCGACUGGCUGCUGGACCACAUCAUGUGGGUCAAAGUGUGCAACCCAGAGAAGGACGCGAAACACUGUGACAGACAGAAAGCCAACCUGAGGAUUCGAUUCAAACCGUCGCUCUUCCAACAUGUCGGCACGCACUCGUCUCUGGCUGGAAAAAUACAGAAACUCAAGGAUAAGGACUUUGGGAAACAGACCCUCCAUAAGGGUCAUGCCAACCCGCUGGCAGAGGUGACGACCAGCCUGAAGACAUACCAGCACUUCACCCUGGAGAAAGCCUACCUGGGAGAGGACUUCUUCUGGGCCUUCACACCUGUAGCGGGGGACUUCAUACGGAUACGAUUCUUCACACCUGUCCGCAUCGAGAGGUAUUUCUUUCGGAGCGGAAACAUCGAACAUCCAGGAGACAAACUUUUCAACACAUCAGUGGAGGUUCUGCCAUUUGAUAAUAUCCAGGCAGACAAAGAGGCCUUGACAGAAGGGAGAGAGAAAUCGCCAAAGUACCAUCGGACAGAAGAUGGCUUCAUCAGAAUAGGAUCCUUCCAGAACGGGAUCGCAGAGGGGGAGGUGGACGCCACCUUUGGGCCCCUGGAGGCCAUGCGUCUCACAGUGAUCACGGAUUCACCGGUCUGGGUGAUCCUCAGCGAGAUCUUCAUAAAGAAAGCCGAGUGAAGCUCCUCUCCCCCCUCAGCGAUACCUCAGCACCUCCGAGCGUUCAGCCGGGCUGACCGGAGCGCCAGUCCUGCUUACCAGAACCCCACUGCGGUGCCACGGCGCCGCCAUCUGGCCGGACCUCGCCACUGCAGGGCUGAUCAGAUCAUAGACUGAAAACACGGAUCACACAGACAGACAGACAGACAGACAGGCGAGUGAGGGGAAACCUGUCUGUCUCGAUAAAGCUGAAGCUGUAAUUAAUCCUGAAGUCUGUAUUUAUGUGUACAUACAGUAAGUUCAUGUUCAAACACUGGUAAUGUGCAGCGCCACACCGUGAUGAUGAUGAUGAUGAAUCUGCUGCUUCAUGACUCAGAGGCCUGCAGACGGUCGGUCCGGACCCGUCUCCCCGUGUCCCCUCAGUAACCUUGUAUGUUUGUAUAUGAAUGCCUCGGUGUGUCUGUGUCUGUCGUUCCCGCCGUCGGCGAGCGAUUUGCCUUAAAACGAAGACGAAGAGCAGAAACGAGCCCCGGACUGACACAACAUGUAGCCACAGCAAAUACCCAGAAUCCUUUGCUGCGACCUCGGACCUUCUCACAUCUUUGUGGCUUGAAACUACUGACGACGACGGCUGUUUCCUUUUUUAACCAAGUCUGUAGACCACGUUUGAUUUUAGUUUACUGAGGCCUUCACAGCACUGCUCUGUACUGCAGUACUCUAAAGUACUCUAUAGGACCCUGCAGUACUACAAAGUACAAUAAAGUACAGUGCUGUACUAUAACACAGUACUAUAGAGUACUAUAAGUACAGUACUAUAACAUACUAUACACUAGAGUACUCUUAAGUGCACUAAAUAGAGUACUUCAAAGUACGAUAGAGUACUCUAAAGUACUCUACAGUACUAUAGAGAACUCUACAGUACAAUACUAUAAAGUACUCUAAAGUACUUCACAGUACUCUAACAUACUCUAAUGAACUCUACACUACUGCACUGUAGUUCACAGUACUCUGUGGCACUCUAAAGUAUUUUAUAGUACUCUGUAGUACAUGUAGUAGACAAUACAGUACUCUAACGUACUUUACAGUAUACUACUCUGAUGUAGUACAGCGUACUCUAGUUUCUGUAGUACUUCAUGUACUGUAGUUUUCAGUCUCUCGUUGAUUCUUU